UUUUGUUCUUCUUCAAGCGUAUAAAAGAAUCAUUGUGUUCUCAAAUAUUCCAACCUUUACUAGAGCGAGACAAAGUAACAAAUACAAAUGAUAACUUCUUCAGAAGAGGGUAGUAACAAGAUCCUUGUGGCAAUCUCGUUGGAUCGCGACGAGAGCCAAAACGCUCUAUCUUGGGCCAUCAAUGUUCUUGCUAAACCAAAUGAUACAAUUGUUGCUCUUCAUCUUCUUGUUGGUGAAGAGCCAAAAAAGAUUCCGAUGAAAAAGAAGAAGAGGAUUCAGAUUCGCCGUGCCAAAGCUCAUGUUAUCUCCAUGCUUGGAGAGUUCGCUUACACUUGUUGCCAAAACCAAGUGAACUUGGAAGCCAAGGUAGGGUUUUGCUCAAAAAUCGGAAGAGGACUAAUCAAUGAAGUCAAGUCAAUUUCUGCUCACUAUCUUGUUCUUUCCCGACCAACCAGUCACGCAUUCAGGAUAUGGAAUGAGAUCACAAGGUAUGUCUCGGACUUUGCUCCGUCAAGUUGCUCUAUUGUUUUUGUCGGAAACCCAAGAAAACAGCAUAAAGAUUGCUACUCUGACUCUGAUAUUUCUCGAGACAUAAAGAGUGAGAAGUAUUCACCGCGCAGCGUACUAAGCAUUCUAUCAAGAGAUCUGAUUAGCUCCUCAGGCGAUGAUGCUUCAAGUUUCAUCAGUUCAAUGGUUUCUUCUAGCGUCGCUUCUCCUUCAGACAAACCCAAACAUAGGCCGAUGUCUCCCUAUAGAUUAAUAUCUUCACUUAUCAUGAACUCUCCUUUGAGGAAAUGGAGAAGAAACGAGACUAAGAACAACCCUAAACCUCUAAUCCAAUGCUUUACUUACAACGAGAUCUCUAAAGCCACAAAAGAUUUUGAUCAAGAGAACAUAGUAGGUAUAGGAGGAUACUCUGAAGUGUACAGAGGAGAUCUAUGUGAUGGGAGAAGAAUCGCAGUGAAGAGAUUAACGAAAGAGAGUGGUGACAUGAUCAAGGAAAAAGAGUUCCUUACGGAACUCGGAAUCAUAAGUCAUGUCUCUCAUCCCAACACUGCCCUUCUCUUAGGUUGUUGUGUUGAGAGAGGUCUCUAUCUUGUCUUCAGGUUCUCUGAGAACGGAAACUUGUACUCCGCCUUACACGAGAAGGAAAACGGGUCGUUGGAUUGGCCUAUACGGUACAAGAUUGCAGUUGGAGUUGCUAGAGGGCUUCAUUAUCUUCACAAACGCUGCAACCAUCGGAUCAUUCACCGUGAUAUCAAAUCUUCCAACGUUUUACUUGGACCUGAUUUUGAACCGCAGAUAACUGAUUUUGGAUUGGCGAAAUGGCUGCCUAACAAAUGGACUCACCAUGCGGUUAUACCUGUUGAAGGAACGUUCGGUUAUCUAGCACCAGAGUCCUUAAUGCAAGGAACCGUAGACGAGAAAACUGAUAUCUACGCAUUUGGUAUUCUCCUUCUUGAAAUCAUAAGUGGACGAAGGCCGGUGAAUCCCUCUCAUAAUCACAUUCUCUUAUGGGCCAAGCCGGCGUUGGAGACAGGUAACACAAGAGAGUUGGUUGAUCCGAAACUGCAAGAAAAGUAUGAUGAUCAGCAGAUGAAUAGGCUUGUCCUUACAGCCUCACAUUGUGUCCAACAAUCACCGAUAUUACGACCAACCAUGACUCAGGUAUUAGAAUUGCUCACAAAUGGGAAUGAGGCUGAGGUUGCAAAGAGCUGGAGAAUGCCUAAGGAUAUGACUAAUGGCGAUGAGAAUAAUAAUGAAUGGGAUGACUACUCUAUGUUACUCGGAUAUGAUGUUCCUUUGGAUUCUUCCAUUUAAUAUUUGUUUUUUUUUUUAAAUCUAAUAGUAUCUACUAUCUCUCUUCAUAGAUUUUUUUCUUCUGUUAAUUUUUUGUAUCAUUAUGAAAAUU